AAGUAUAUAUAAACCCCUCCUUUCCUGUCUCUCAAUACGCGUUUCUUUCUUUCAUCCCUCGCCUUCCAUUUCCUCCUUCUCAGUAGUUUUCUCUUCUGCGCAAUCUCAGGCGGGGAAAUGGGUCUCAAGAAGGUGGUGCCGCCGCCGCCGCCGUCCACAUUGCUGGAAGAUCUGCUGGAAAAUGCCGGUGGCUGCGCGGUGAUAGACGGUGGGUUCGCAACCCAGCUCGAGACACACGGCGCUGCCAUCAACGACCCUCUCUGGAGUGCACUCUGCUUGAUCAAAAACCCCGCUCUCAUAAAAAAGGUGCAUUUGGAGUAUUUGGAGGCCGGCGCAGACAUUAUAGUCACUUCUUCUUACCAGGCGACCCUUCCUGGGUUUCUGUCGAGGGGGGUUUCCAUCGAGGAAGCAGAGUCGUUGCUGCAGAGGAGUGUCAGAUUGGCUGUGGAAGCUCGUGACGAGUUCUGGGACACUGUGAAGGGCCGUCCUGGUAAUGAAUAUAACAGGGCUCUGGUUGCAGCCUCCAUUGGGAGCUAUGGAGCUUAUCUCGCUGAUGGCUCAGAAUACAGUGGUUGGUAUGGAGAGGAUGUUACCCUGGAAAAGCUCAAAGACUUUCAUAGGCGCAGGCUGCAAGUUCUCGCGGAGGCAGGGCCCGAUUUGUUGGCUUUUGAGACCAUCCCCAAUAAGCUUGAAGCUCAGGCUUGUGUGGAGUUGCUUGAAGAGGAAGAAAUCAGCAUUCCAUCCUGGAUUUGCUUCAGCUCGGUGGACGGCCAGAAUGCCCCUUCAGGAGAGAGUUUCAAGGAUUGCCUUGAUGUGAUCAACAAGAGUAGCAGAGUGCCUGCAGUUGGCAUCAAUUGCGCACCCCCACAGUUCGUCGAAAACCUCAUCUCGAAAUUUCAGGAGUGGACACACAAGUUGAUAGUGGUUUACCCGAACAGUGGUGAAGUAUGGGAUGGCAAAGCUAAAAGAUGGAUGGUAUGCAUUUGAUUACGUUUUAUAGCUUCCAGUUCCAUUGUUUACGUGAAACAGUGAUAACCUCGAGCUUUUGCAUUAACACACAGCCAUCAGAAUGCUUUGGAGACGACAAAUUCGAACUGUGUGCUAGAAGAUGGCACAAGUUAGGAGCCAGCCUUAUCGGCGGCUGUUGCCGAACUACGCCUGCAACUGUUACGGCCAUUUCAAAUGCCCUGAAAGGAAGAUCCUCCUGACCACCAGCAACAACAUCACAGCUCUUGCCAUAUAUGAUAUAACCGUUAUUUCAGACAGCAUAAUAUUCCAUUCAAAUAGUUAAGCCAUGUACCUCACAAUGUAAGCUUUUACUAAUGAGCAUUUACCGGCUGUAACCUUGAUUUAUAACCACAGAUUUUGGCUCUGAAAUCUGAUCUCAGUAGCAAGAAUAUGCAAUGCGGUUCUCAAUAUUUUCUUGACUCUUAUAAGAUGCUCAAACUUAACCCUCUUUUACCACUAUCACAAAAGGCUUUUUUCCACCUUAAUAGCAGGAAUCUGGCACUAGCGGCUAGCGCAUACAUCCGAGGCCAACCACAAAAUGGCUUUCGCCAUGUGAAUUUGUGUACUAGCUUUGCAGCAACGAUUGUAUGUAGUGAACUGGUGCAAUUUAGCGAUUCUUCUAGGCCAAACUAACUACAACAUUGCUUUUGAGCCUUGGAGUGUUAAGAAAUCAGAAUAGUGGCAAGUCAACGAACCAUUAGCCUAUAAGGGGGUCAACGCUGGGGAUGGCCAUGGUUGUGAAAUUCCCAAGGAUCAUCUUCAUAGCUAUCACUAUAUCUGCCAUCGCGUCUUGUUUCAGAGCUUCGAUCCAUACUUUGAUAGCCUCCACCAUAUCUAGGUUCCUCUAUUCCUGCAUACUGCUGCUGCUCAAGCCUUAGCUUCUCGAUUUCAUGAUGCAUGCAUGUGAGAUUAUUCUCGAUUAGCUGCAUUUCUUGAACUUGAUCAUGCUUCGCUCUCUUCUCGUACUCAAGUGUAUUCCUAAAAAACAGUGUACGGAAAUCAAAAUACUGGAUAUAUAGCAGAAUUACAUCUCUGACUACACGAAUUGCUGAACAAAUUGCAAUGCAAAACUCCAAACCUGGCAUCAAGAAGCUGUUUGUGCAUCAUAUCUACAGCAGCUUUCAGUGAAUGCAGUUCCUCGUUCUCCAACUUUACUUCUGUAACCUCUUCUUGUAAACUGUCCACAAUAGCAGUAUAGUCCUCUACUGAAUCCCUCAAGUUUUCAACUUCUACUCUUAACUUCCUAACCUCUGACUUUAAGGGCUCCCUUGACCGCACCUCUGCUUCUAGCUUCAAUCCUGUCUGAAUUAACUCCCUGAUAUCGGUCUCCUUUUCAGCCUGGAGUUGAGGUAUCCUUUCCUCCAAUCUGCGAAUCUUAUCGCUUGUUCGCGUCACUUCACUCUGAAGAGCAAUAUUAUCAUCGAUAAUGGCCUGAUUCUCAGAGAUUAUCCUCCUCGUCUCUCUACCUAGAAUAUCGAGCUCUUCUUCCAAAGCAGCAGGAUCAAGCUGCUGCACGGGCCUCAAUCUGUUGUUCCGUUCAUGCUGACGGCCAUCUUGAUAGCCCACCAAAUCAUCAGGAUGCCGAGGCCUAUGCUUUCUCUUUGACAUGGGACCAGUAAUCCUCCCUUCACUGCUUGUUUACAACUGACUGCAACAGAGAAAAGUUAAAAUAAAAAAGUAAUUGAUAUGCGAUCUUCCAAAUUCCAAUGAUGA